UUACUGAUAUUUUGCUACUCAAGCCCAACAGUGUAGCUUCCACGGGCGGCCCUACCUACGAUCGAUAUUGAUUCUAGUGAAACGGCUUGGCGACCGAAACAGGAGAGAGCUGCCAUUUUGGUUCAAAUGCAUAUCUGUAUAAUUCAGUGGAUGAAUUCUUCCUAGAGGUUUGAAAAACGUCGGCCAUAUCUUAAAAUGAAGGGCGGAACUAUUUCCUUGUUAAUGCUGGUGAUGGUCUGUACCCUUGUCCUAGGGAAAAAGGUUAAACAUCGACAGACCCGAGAGGCGGAGGAGACUAAGAUGUUGCAGAUAAACCAGGAUCUUGUUCGAACCAAACGAAAAACAGAUGGCCCAACACUGUCUCGGAUGAAACGUAUACACGACCCGGAAACCGAAUUAAAAAGAAUGAAACGUACACGAAGGUCUCUGACGUUGGCCAAACAACCCCAUAAUGCCGAAAGAGCUCUCAAAAGAAUGAAAAGAGUUCCAAAAGAAGCGAUUCUUCAUCGUGCGAAAAGAGUUCGAGCUGAGAAAACCCUCCGACGUAUCAAACGUCUUCGUCGUGACCUUCGGACUGAAUUGAAGCGUCAUCGCCGAAAUACUGACCCAGCGGCGCAUCGCUUCCGAGUCCCAAUCAUGAAACGUGGCCACAGAAUGUCGAGACCACAUACAGAUAAGAGAAGCCAAGCAAGACUAGACCGAAUGAAGGCCGCCAUUGGCAGACACAUUCAGCAGCGCAAACGCAACCGUUUCAUGCAUCAUAAAAUGAAAGGCCCUCUACACAAAAAGAAUGACGUCAUGAGCAAAAACAAUGGCCUGUCACAUAAAAGGAUCGCAAUGAAGAAGAAUAACGUGCAUCACAGCGCGAACAAAUCGAACAACAACGACAAAAAACAUCACGUGCAGGCACAUAACUGAACCCAAGGACAAAAAAGUAUGAAGUUAAUGACAGCAGUUUGUUAUGAUAGAUUUAUUUUGAAGCAUCAAUCAAAAUGAGAUAUUUUACCACAAAUCAAAGAAGAAAUUUUAACUUUAAUUCUUACAAGUGAAAAAAGAAAGGACUCCAGUCAAAAUUAUGAAUUACAGGUUAAAUGAUUCCAUUAUUUCUUACUGAAGUUAUGAUGUUUUUAACAACUUGGUUGGCGGACAGGGUUUUGGAUUAAAUACAAAAAUGAAAAUCAAAUCUGAUGAAGUGACUGCCUUGAAUUUUAAUGUCUAAAGGAAAAUGGCAUGUCUGGGAAAUAACUGUUUGAAAUGUUGAGUUUUAUCGAAGGAUUCCUGGUUUGUAACACUAAUGAAAGUAAAAGAGAAGAAUUGCAUAUCGGCUUUACUGCCAUUUAUUUGCCUAUGUUAUCAGGAAUUCGCUAGGUUUCCUGAGAAACUGUUAUCUUGUAUCGGUCUAUAACGAUUUGCAUUGUCUUACACAAGAACGUUUUCAUUUGAUAUGCAGUAUAUUUGGUUGAGGUGAUGGACAUUGACGAACUCCGAAGUGAAAUUAUAUUGGCUAUUGUCAUUAUUAUGUCGGCUUUGUAAUAUAUUCACGAAAUUCCUCUGCCAUCAGAACGUUAUUUCAGUCAUGCGUUUCGUAAUGUUAUCAUUAUGUGGUAGUUUUAAUAUUGUCAUAUUUUGUAAUGUUGAAAUAUUUUUAUAUAGUGUGUUAAUUCUUUAUCAUAUUAUAUAGUGUAACAUUUAGGAAUUUCUACAUUCAAUCAACAAUGUCUGUAACGCCUGUAAAUUAAAAAAACGAAUAAAUAUAAUCAUCGAAUCGAUUUUUUCCAGAA